UCCCCAGUACCGCCCCGCGAGUGCGCCAUACUUUUGCACACCUUGCGCCCGCUGCAGGCGCGCGCGCCCCCGAACCUCGGACAAGCGCCUCUGUGCCCGCGUCAUUCGGUAUCCACAACGGGUCUGCUGUCAGUGCGCGGGCCGGCUGCGUUCCCCACCCGGCCAUGUCGUCCUGCAGCCGCGUGGCGCUGGUAACUGGGGCCAACAAGGGCAUCGGCUUCGCCAUCGCACGGGAACUGUGCCGGCAGUUCUCCGGGGACGUGGUGCUCACGGCGCGGGACGCGGCGCGGGGCCAGGCGGCCGUGCAGCAGCUGCAGGCCGAGGGCCUGAGCCCGCGCUUCCACCAGCUGGACAUCAACGACCUGCAGAGCAUCCGCGCCCUGCGCGACUUCCUGCUCAAGGAGUACGGGGGCCUGGACGUGCUGGUCAACAACGCGGGCAUCGCCUUCAAGAAUAAUGAUCCCACACCGUUUCAUAUUCAAGCAGAAGUGACGAUGAAAACAAACUUUUUUGGUACUCGAGAUGUCUGCACGGAGCUACUGCCUCUCAUGAAACCCCAAGGCAGAGUGGUGAAUGUGUCUAGCAGCGUGAGUCUCAGAGCUCUUAAAAGCUGCAGCCCAGAACUACAGCAGAAGUUUAGAAAUGAAGCCAUCAGCGAGGAGGAGCUGGUGGGGCUCAUGAACAAGUUCGUGGAAGACACGAGGAAUGGAAUACACCAGAAGGAGGGCUGGCCUAAUACCGCAUAUGGCGUGACCAAGAUUGGCGUCACGGUCCUGUCCAGAAUCCAUGCCAGGAACCUGAGAGAGCAGAGGAGAGGGGACAAGAUCCUCCUGAAUGCCUGCUGUCCAGGCUGGGUGAGAACCGACAUGGCGGGGCCCAAAGCCACCAAGAGCCCAGAAGAAGGAGCAGAGACCCCUGUGUACUUGGCCCUUUUGUCCUCAGAUGCUGAGGGGCCUCACGGUCAGUUCGUUAUGGAGAAAAAAGUUGAGCAGUGGUGAGCUCCACUUGGCUCCAUUCAUGGGUCCCACAAUGUUAUCUGUCCUGAAUUGACCAAGAACACUUACCCUGUUAAAAAUAUCCCUAUCCCAAAAGUAUAUAUAUAUAUAUUUCUAUCACUGACUCACUUUGACUUGGCUACUAAUUCUGAGAGUCUUGUGAAUUCUUUUGUGACGUAGGGGGAGACAAAGGGGCAGGGAUGACAGUAACUACGGAAAAUCAGUAGAUGAAUAAAUGGUUCCUGCUA